UCGGCUCUUUCCGGACCGUUGCCCGUGGUAACGCUAAGCCAGCAUCUCCUCCCGGUGGCGUCUCCAGGCCCUUGAGGCCUUUCGGCCGCUUCUCUCGGGGCGGAGGCGGCGCUCUGAACCGAUAUUUGACUGCUCGCCAUGGCUGUGUACAUUGAUCAUCGAAUAGAAGCUCUUGAGUCCCGUGGACCCCAUUCCCACAUAGCUUGGCACCCUCUUCAGCCAUAUUUGGCAGUUGCGUCCAUUAAUGCAAACUCUGGUGGCAGUGUGGAUAUUUUUCUAGAACAGGGGGAAUAUGUGUGUGAUUCACACCUGGAAAGAAAUUUCAGGGCCACUUGCCUCAGUUGGCACCCAUCGAAACUGAUACUGGCCGUGGGCUGUGAGAUGGGGGACGUGGUGGUAGUGAACAAGCAAGACAAAGAGCACCAUGCCGUGCCCUCCAACCAUAAUGCUGAUAUUACAGUCCUGAAUUGGAGUACGAAUGGCAGCCGACUGGUUUCUGGUGACAAACUUGGUGUCCUUGUGUUAUGGAGGAUGGAUCAGCGAGGUAGAGUCCAAGGCCCGCCUCUACUUAAACAUGAAUAUGGAAAGCCUCUCAGUUACUGCAUCUUCCGGCCACCUCCUCCUGGAGAGGACUUAGUGCAACUAGCAAAAGCUGCGGUGAGCGGUGACGAGAAGGCCUUGGACAUGUUUAACUGGAGGAAAGGCGGGAUGGGAAUGCCUCUCAAAAUGGGACCGCAGGAGGGGCUGUCCUUUUUUAUCAGCAUGACGGAUGGAACUAUAUUUUAUGUGAAUGAGAGAGGGAAAACAAGCCAGACGUUGACCACAGAGAGCUCAGUCCAAAAACUGCUAUUCAUGGAAAAGGAUGUCUUGGUAGUAAUAACAGAGACUCUGCUGUUAUCUCUUCACAAGAUUUCUCUUGAAGGAGAAGCAGAAGAAAUCUUGAAGGUGAAGCUGAGUGGAAAGAUUGGUCACCCUGCUGAUAUCAUUUUGAUUGAACACAGCCUGCUUAUUACUGCAACAGGUGAACCAUUUCUUAGAUUCUGGGAUUUGGAACGAGGUGAGAAUUAUGGGCUAUCUUUGGAUGAGAAGCUUGGAUUUGAUAUAGACGAGUGUGUCAAUUGUGUAUCUUAUUGUGGUGCUAAAGGUCUUCUAUCAGCUGGCACAGACAAAGGGAAAAUAGCUAUGUGGAGGAAAGUUCCAAUCUCUAGCCAAAGCACAUGGUCACUGGAAGAGAAGGAGAGAUGGAAGCUUCAAGCACCUACUGAGCUUGAUGGGAAUAUAAUCCAAGUACAGUGGGGAUCCAAGAAGAAUUUGCUGGCUGUAAACACAACCAGCUCUGUGGCCAUUCUUAGUGAGCAGGCCAUGUCUUCUCACUUCAGCAAGCAAACAGCAGUGGUACAAGUUUCACCAAACCUGUUCAACGUCACCUUCUUCAGCACCAAGAUAACUGACAACCUCCGCAUUGACAUGCAUGUGAAAGGAGUGUUUACCACUAAGGAUGCUGUAGCAUUCUGGAGUGGAAAACAAGUUGUUGUCUUUCAACUCUUGGGUACCGCCUUGCGAUGUCCAGGAUCUUUUGCCUGCGAGUCCCCUUUGUUGGCUAUGCACGAAGAAAACAUUUACACGGUUGAGCCAAAUCGGGUUCAGGUUCGCACCUGGCAAGGCACUGUUAAGCAGCUGCUGGUGUUUUCCGAAUCCGAAGGGAAUCCAUGCCUCUUGGAUGUCUGUGGGAAUUUCUUGACCGUGGGAACAGACCUGGCCCACUUUAAAAUUUUUGAUCUUUCUCGCAGGGAGGCAAAAGUACACAUCAGCAGCAAGGCGCUGGCUGACUUGGUUCCAGGCGCUGUUGGGAUUGCGUCUGUAAAGUGCAAUGCAAGUGGCAAUCAAGUUAGCAUCCUCAUGAACAAGACUGAUGGGAGUCUUGAUUCCAAGAUUUGUUUCUAUGACACUGAAAUGGACACAGUCACCCUAUUUGAUUUCCAGUCUGGCAUGCAGAAGAACGGUAGGGAGAGCCUUUCAUUUGGACAGGAAACAAAGGGGAAGAACAGCCCUGUAUAUUCGCAGCUAUGUGGCCGCAUCCCUGUUAAUCACUUCUGGGAUCAAAAUGAGUCCAGACUUUUUGUCUGUGAAACAGUUCCUGACCCAAGUCAGCAGUUGCUGGAGAAGAAUCAAGAGUCAUCAGAAAGCCUGAUGGAAGUGUUGAUUGUAUCCUUCUUCAGUACGGAUGAGCAUGGCCUUUUGCUCCAGGACAGCUUUCCGCUGCCCUCAUCUUACCAAUCUCUCCUGGGCAUGGAGGUGCCACAUUAUUACUUUUCCAAAAAGCCCGAAGCUGAGAGAACAGAUGAAGCGGAACCUGGUGUAAUAUCAGUCUACCAGAUGGUAACCAGAAGGCCAAUGCGAGAUUUCAUCGGCUUAGAAGAGUGCGAUAAGGCCACUUGUGAUGCUAUACUCAACUUUAGCUUCUAUCUCACAAUUGGGGAUAUGGAUGAGGCCUUCAAAUCCAUCAAGCUCAUCAAAAGCCAAGCAGUCUGGGAGAACAUGGCCCGCAUGUGUGUGAAGACACGAAGGCUGGAUGUCGCCCGAGUUUGCCUGGGGAACAUGGGUCAUGCUCGAGGAGCCAAGGCAUUACGAGAGGCGGAGCAAGAGCCCGAGCAAGAAGCCAAGGUGGCCAUGCUGGCAAUCCAACUGGGUAUGCUGGAAGAUGCAGAAGAGCUGUACAAGGAAUGCAGGCGCUAUGACCUCCUGAACAAGUUCUACCAGGCCUCAGAUCAGUGGCAGAAAGCCAUAGACGUCGCAGAAGCUUAUGACCGAGUCCACUUGCGCACCACGUACUACAAUUAUGCCAAGCACUUGGAGGCCACAGGAGAUCGCAACCUUGCACUCACCUACUAUGAGAAGUCAGACACUCACAAAUUUGAGGUGCCUCGGAUGCUUUCAGAAGAUUUACAUACCUUGGAGUCCUACAUAAACAAGAUGAAAGAUAGGGACUUGUGGAAGUGGUGGGCUCAGUACCUGGAAGGUCAAGCAGAUAUGGAAGCGGCUUUCAAAUAUUAUGAGCUGGCUCAGGAUUACUUUUCCAUGGUCCGUAUUCACUGUUUCUUGGGUAAUAUCCAGAAGGCAGCUGAAAUAGCAAAUACAACAGGUAACUGGGCAGCUUCGUAUCACGUUGCUCGUCAGUACGAAAGUCGUGAUGACAUCAAGCAGGCUGUGCACUUCUACACCAGAGCCCGGGCUUUUAACAAUGCUAUUCGACUGUGCAAGGAGAACAACCUGGAUGACCAGCUGAUGAACCUGGCUCUGCUCAGUUCUCCAGAAGACAUGAUUGAAGCAGCACGUUAUUAUGAAGGGAAGGGUGAACAAAUGGACCGAGCAGUGAUGCUUUACCAUAAGGCAGGACACUUAUCAAAAGCUCUGGAGCUAGCCUUUGCCACAGAGCAGUUUGCAGCCCUACAGCUCAUUGCCGAGGAUUUGGACGAGAAGUCUGACCCAGCCCUGCUUGCUCGUUGCUCUGAUUUCUUCAUUGAACAUGCUCAGUAUGAGAAGGCUGUGGAACUCCUGCUAGCUGCCAAAAAGUAUCAGGACGCCCUCCAACUUUGCCUGGCGCAGAAUCUGACUAUCACGGAAGAGAUGGCUGAGAAGAUGACCAUUUCAAAAGACUCCAAGGAGCUCUCUGAGGACGCAAGACGGGAGCUCCUAGAGCAGAUUGCUGACUGCUGUAUGAGGCAGGGCAAUUAUCACAUGGCCACCAAGAAAUACACCCAAGCGGGAAACAAGCUGAAAGCAAUGAGGGCACUGUUGAAAUCUGGCGACACAGAAAAGAUUGUAUUCUUUGCUGGCGUCUCAAAGCAGAGGGAGAUUUACAUCAUGGCGGCCAACUAUCUCCAGUCCUUGGACUGGCGAAAGGAUCCAGAAAUUAUGAAGAACAUUAUCAGCUUCUAUACCAAAGGACGGGCUCUGGACCUUUUGGCGGGUUUCUAUGAUGCUUGUGCUCAGGUGGAGGUAGACGAGUACCAGAACUACGAGAAAGCCCUAGGGGCCCUGACAGAGGCGUACAAGUGCUUGUCAAAGGCGAAGACGAGAAGUCCGGUUGAGCAAGAGAGCAAACUUGCCCUUUUACAAAGCAAGAUGGCCCUCGUGAAGAGAUUCAUUCAGGCCCGGAGGCUUUACUCCGAAGACCCGAAGGAGGCAGCCAGACAGUGUGAGUUACUCCUAGGGGAGGCGGAGAUCGACAGUGCCAUUCGCCUGGGAGACGUCCUUGGCUUCCUGGUGGAGCAUCACUUGCGGAUGCAAGAAUUCCAGAUGGCAUAUCGGUACCUGGAAGAGCUACGGAAAAAAAUUCCCUGUGUGAAUCUCAAUUACUACGUGACCCAACAGACCAUUGAGGCUGUUCACAGAGGACUGGGCAUUCCCCUGAGCCGAAAGCCGGCCCCAGAGAGAGUUCGUCACAACAGCCUGGGGGACAAGGAUUUGGAAGAGGAAGUGGCUGACGAAGCCGAGGCUUCCUAAAGAGCGCCCCAUCUUUUCCUGCCUUGUUAAAAGAAAGCUGGGAAACUGAGUAGCUUCAUUUUAACAAGGACAGGCAAGCCACGGCAGAGCCACCUUUGAAGCUAUACAAUGUCCUUGGCUUUUUCUGAAGCAU